UUUAUAUAUUUUGUGUAACAUAAAUAUAUUUUACAUUAACUCACAUUUUUGAUUAAUAAAUUUGCUAUUCGAAUAAACAGUAUUUCAGCGUAUCAAGUAAAAGCCGGUUUCUUGUGUAUGUGCAAAAAUUUGCAAGCACACAAACACCUGCCAGAUAUUAGCGGCGCAACCACUAUACAGAUUGACUCUCUCGGAGAAUUUCAUUUAAACUUUGAAUGAGCAAACAAUUUUUCUUCAACUACGUCAGUCGGUCUGCGACUGAAAAUAACUUAAAUGCCAGUGGUGGAAAAAUUUAAUGAAUAUGAAUGUUUGAUUUUAUAACAUUUCGUGUUUGGUCAGAAACAGCAGAAAGGCAACAGCAUUAAUACAAUACACAAGUGACAGACACACCACAACUGAUUGUUACUUUCGUUUGAUUUAAACCGAAAAGAAUUUUCUUUUCUAGUGUUAAACACACUGCAGAACGAGAAAAUAUAUAUUUAAAAAGGUUCCUAAACUGCAAAAAUAAAUAAAAAAAACCGAAGUGAAAAUUUAAAUAUGUACAUUGAACUUUAUAAACUAUACAAUAAAAUUCAAUGAAUGUGCCUUGAUAUUGAAUAAAAAGCAAGCGAAAACAUCAAGAUAAAAAAAGCAAAAAAAAUCUGCAUAUAAAAUAAGGAAAGUAAUUCAAUCAAUGAAAAAAGGAAAUAUCUAUACUACAACUGCCUCAAAAAUUACAUAACAAUUCCAUAAUAUAAAAAACACCAAGAAGUAUCUCAGUAUUUUAGCUUUAAAACGUGUGUGUCAGGCUUUUUGUAAACGUUUUAUUUACGAUUUCUAUUUUUUGAAAAUUCUACUCGAUACUAUUUUUCUCUGCUGUGUUCUGCCAUAUAUUGGAAUUUUUCGCUGACCAUAACCUUACACAAUGGCCAGACCAAUUAGUGAUAAUCAUAUUAUCCCCAUUGCUGUGGGCCUAGUUGCCGUAGUAGCUGGUGCUGUUAUUAUUCAUUAUUUAAUUAAUAAAAAAUCCACAAAGAAACCCCGCCCUGAACCAAAUAGAACCGCACGCUUGCGUACUCUAAUCGAUGCUAAUGAUAAAUAUCAAUUACCCUUGAUUGAAAAAGAAGUCUUGAGUCAUGAUACACGCCGCUUCCGUUUCGGUUUACCCUCACAUCAGCACAUAUUGGGUCUACCCGUGGGUCAGCAUAUUCAUCUUAUUGCCACCAUUGACAAUGAACUAGUGAUACGUCCAUAUACACCUAUUUCUUCCGAUGAUGAUGUGGGUUAUGUUGAUCUUGUGGUUAAGGUUUAUUUCAAAGAUACUCAUCCCAAAUUUCCAGCUGGUGGCAAAAUGUCUCAAUAUUUAGAUCAAAUGCAAAUUGGUGAUAAGAUUUCGUUCCGUGGUCCUUCAGGCCGUUUGCAAUAUUUGGGUAAUGGUAAUUUCUCAAUUAAGAAAUUGCGUAAAGAUCCUCCUAAGACUGUCACCGCUAAACGUGUUAAUAUGAUUGCUGGUGGCACUGGUAUUACUCCCAUGUUGCAGUUGGUGCGUGAUGUCUUGAAACAUAGUGAGAAGGAUAAAACUGAAUUGGCUUUAUUGUUUGCUAAUCAGAGUGAAAAAGAUAUUUUAUUACGCAAUGAACUUGAUGAAUUGGCCAAGAAAUAUCCAGAUCAAUUGAAAGUCUGGUAUACGGUUGAUAAAGCUGGUGAAGGCUGGACCUACAGUAUUGGUUUUAUCAACGAUAUGAUGAUUAAAGUCAAUUUAUUCCCCGCCGAUGAUUCUACCAUUACUUUAAUGUGUGGUCCACCACCCAUGAUUAAUUUUGCCUGCAAUCCUGCUUUGGAUCAAUUGGGUUAUCAUCCCGAUAAUAGAUUUGCUUAUUAAGUUUUUUCAAAUUUUUAAUUGAUACAUAAAUCAUUCAUUAUAACAUUUAUUUUCUAGUUUGUUUAAUAAAUUUUUUAUUUGCAUUUCUAAAUCAACUGUUUAAUUUAAAUUGUUAUAUGUAUGUACGUAUUCGAAAUAAAUACAUUUUUGUUUUAUUAAAUAUUGUUGUAGUAUUUUAAAUCAGGGUCCUAACUAUAGCAUUCAUGUCGAAACCCGAAUGCCAUAAUACCAAAUUGCGAUCGAUUUACUCAAUUACAAAUCUCGUAAUUCGGACCCUGGUCAGUCCAUACUUUAUUUUUGAUUGUUUAUGCUUUGAGAACAAAUCAUUUUUUUAUAAAAUGUGCACAAAUUUAUUUUCAAUAAAAAAGAAAAAUAAACGUGAAAUAUUGUAAUUCGUUAUCAUUAUUUUUAUGAUUCAUUAUAAAUUUCAGUUAAAUAAAAAAUCAAAAAGGAAAUGUA